AUGAUACAACUUAAGUAUUGUUUGUGAAUAAAGUGUAGAUAUGCCUAAACAUCAUGUUUGAAUUUUGAUACGAGGUUGAAGUGGAAAACAGGCAAACAUUUAAUAUUCCGCCACCUUAGGUGAGUCUCCUUCUUCUUAUCUUAAACUCGAGAAAUUAAUCUAUUCUACAUUAACCAAGAAAAUAGGAAUUUUCAAAUUCCAACAAGCCCUCUUUACAUUUAGGCACACCGAACCGGGCCACGUCGGCCAGGACUGCCUCAUCUAUGUGAGCAUGUGACCUCAAUAGUUUUUGCUAGGCACCCAUCAAAAUUAAGCCCAAUACAAUGCAACACACCAACUUUCACAACUUUUGUGGCUGGCAUGGUAAAAAAGAUCAAAAAAUACUGAGUAAUGAGGAAAACGAAAGCACAAACGUCCAACGUCGGCGAUGAACACCCCGUAUAUAAAUUGGAAAAUUUAACCAAAGUCGACCAAAUUUUCUCUCUCCUCUGAUUCAUCUUCAACAACUCGAGCUUCACUUCAAUGGAGGAACACCAAGCACCGGCAACCGCCAUUGCAGCUUCUCUCCAAAAUCUUGCUCUUGAUUCUUCCGCCACCGCCGCCGCCCCUUUCCUGUUCCCAGUCCCUCCACUUAAAAGAACCAAGCCUCCGAGUUUGGUCAGCUUAUGCAUUGCUGUCAUUGGGAAGCAUUUGGAGGAUCUCAUUCCCGAGUUGGGCGAGAUUGCUAUCGGUUUUCCGGCGCAUAUUAAGCUGUCAAUUGCUGCAGUUGCUAGGAGAAAAAAGCUUCUAAAUGAUGAAGUAAUCAUCUCUCUUGCUGAUGGCACCUGGGAAAUCCUUGACGUUUCUUGUUCAGAUGUCUCAGAUUUUGGUCUUGCAAAGGUGGCAGAGAUGUGUCCAAAUUUGCGAGCAGUGAAUAUAAGCCAAUGCAGCAGAAUCACUCCUAAUGGUGUCUCUCAACUGGUGGAGCAUUGUCAAUCUUUGGAGAUAUUAAGAUGUGGGAUGUGGGUUAUUAAUUGCAACUUGGAAGAGGCUAUGAACCAAACUUUAUCUUGCAGAGGGUGUCCUCGGAGUGAUUACACAGCAAGAAGAAGUUUACACUUAUUUAAACCAGAUCUGAACAAUUUGGAAGGAGAUUCGUGGGAGGAACUUGAUACCGCAGAGUUUACUCAUGGUGGACAAUCCCUGAGAUGGCUUGUGUGGCCAAACAUUGAUCCUGAUUCUUUGAAGAAUUUCUCCUCCGAAUGCCCUCGUGUUAUGGUCAACCCAAAGCCUUCACCUUUUGACUUCAAGGAAGUUGCUGUCCCCAGGGAAGCUCUGCCAAACACAGUUUUGGAUGAACAUGCUGUUGAGGAUAUAGACCCCACUAUAUGGGUAUCAUGUAGACCAACAAGAAGAAUUCUACCCAUCAUUUCUAAUCCCAUACCCAUCAUUUCUAAUCCCAGCGAGUUGUCCAUGGCUGAGAAGUUUAGGCUAGCAUUUGUUGAGAGAGAUACAAGGUUGGCUCCUAAACGAGCCAAGAAUGCAAGGCAACAUCAGCGUCGUGCAGAGAGAGAGUGGAUGAUGACCUCAGAAGCCAAAGCUAUAUCUCAUGCUUCACGGGCAAACAAAUCACGUGGUAGAAGCUAGCAUUGCAAUAAUGUUUGAUGGCCUCUUUUCUUUCUUUUAGCCACUCAGUUUACUGUUAUAAUCUUUCUGAUAUUAAUUGUAAAAAUGUGGGGGAGAAAAGAACACUUGGUAUCUUACUAUGUUGGUCAAUUGGAUUACCUUUAGUGGGUAUACUUGAGGAAGUUACAGCCAGGGGAGGCAAUGUACUACGUAUAUAUGACAAUGAGAACAUAAUACGUAGCUCUUAAGUUUGUAUAUUGUACAAAUGUACAGUUUUACGCGUAUGUUUGGAUACUUUAAAAAGUACUCCGUGAUAAUCCAUGUCUCUAUUGUUUGUUCCAAUCGGGGCAAAUAAAAUGAGAUUGGACGAGUAA